CCUCUUCUCUCCAUUCCUUUUUUUUAUUAUCCUUAUCCUUACAACUCCUAUCUCUCAUCAUUUUCCCCUCUAUCUCUUUGCUCCAAACAAAUAAAUUAGGCACCAUCCUCUCUUCAUCUUCCUUUUUAUUCCUCAAAGCCAGAUCCCAUGGCUCUAGAGUCAUGGCUCACCAAAGUGAGGUCAGCCAUCUCGACCAGCCUCGACUCGGUCCGGUCGACGAUGAACGCCACCGACGCCAUCGCCAUCAUCAGCCGCAAGAAGGCCCAUGUUGGCAUCCUUGCCUUCGAGAUCGCCAGCCUCAUGUCCAAGUUCCUCCAUCUAUGGCGCUCCCUCUCCGAUGUGCAGAUCGCCCGCCUCCGCCACGAGACCAUCGCCUCGCAAGGAAUUCGCAAGAUCGUCUCCGACGAUGACUCCUUCCUCCUCAGCCUCGCUUGCGCCGAGCUCGUCGAUACCCUCCGCCUCAUCGCCGUGUCAGCCUCCACCACCUUAAGCAGCCGCUGCACCGAUCCGUGCCUACGUGAAUUCUACCGGAUAUUCAAGGAAUUCUCCGACUCCGGCCACGACCCUCACCGGUGGGUUAUGAGCUGGAAGGAGAUGGAGAGCAAAGCCAAGAAGAUGGAUCGCUAUGUAGCAUCCACCGCCGCUUUGUAUAAAGAGAUGGAGGAGCUCUCGGAGGCAGAGCACGGGCUACGGAAGCUCCUGCAGUGCGGCGGCGGGUGCAACAAGAACCGCCCGGCGAGCAAAAUCUCGGCCAUCGCCGAACUCCAGCAAAAGAUCUUCUGGCAGCGGCAGGAGGUCAAGUAUUUGAAGCAGACCUCCCUAUGGAGCUGCACCUUCGACACCGUGCUCUCGCUGCUCGCCCGCUCGUCAUUCACCGUUCUCGCAAGAAUCAAACAGGUAUUCGGCAUUGGAUUCGAGUCACAUCGCCUCCCGUGCAGCCUCUCGGCUACCGUCUACCCAUCUUCCGACGCGACAUCACCACCUCCGCCUGCAUCGCCGUCCAAGAAGCAGCAGCAAUGCGGCAUCUUAGAGUCGAAUUCGGCGAUGUUGGUGCCGCCACCGACGACUUUGGGAGCCGCGGCGCUUGCAUUGCAUUACGCGAAUAUUAUAAUAGCGAUCGAGAAGAUGAUCCGGUCGCCGAGGGCGGUCAGGCCGGAUGCAAGGGAUGAUUUGUACAACAUGCUGCCGGCGAGCGUGAGGGGAAUUCUGCGGCGGCGGCUGAAGGGGUUCUUCGCCAACCGGGAGAAGGUGGAGGCCGCCAUCGCCGAGCUGCUCGUCGGCCUCAACUAUGUUUGGAGGUUUGAGAGGGAGAUGGCCGCUCGGGCCGCGCUGAAGCACAUGGAUUCCAACGAAAACAAGUGCCUGGAAUUCUAAGGCAUCUGGCCUUCCUUUUUUUUUUCCCCCUACGAUUUUCUCUUUUUAAUCUAAUCCCUUCCAUUUCCUUUCUUCUCGAUGCUAUUCAAAAUCCAAGGCCGUGUGAUCUUGAUCGACUGGUUUUUAUCAUGCAUAAAACUACAUUAAAAAUCCCUCCUACUGUACGUGGUGCAUGUAAUCAACUGACUAACAUGUAACCCUUUUUUUUUGGUCCAAGUUAUUGUUUGGAUUUUGAAGAUGUUCUUUGUUUGAGAUGUAUGAUGAACUCUGAGCCUAGUGUAAAUAAAAAAGAGAUGAAAUCAUGUUUCUAUAUA